CAGUGACACUCGACGCUCAUCCUGUUACAGAAAAAUAUUUACUAGUCGUAAAAUAGUCGAUACGGAUGUAAAUUGUAUUUGACACUGACUUUCUGUAUGCACCCUGCAAAACAAAACACAGCAGAUUACUGCUUGAUUCAUUCAGCAGCGAAGGUAUCACAAAUUGAGCCUCUGUUAAAAUGUUGAUCGUGCAUGCCGUCGUAAUUGCAACAGUAUUGAGCUUAGCCAAAUCUCAGAUCUGCACAAAAACAUCGUGGGCAAUAAGCUUUGAUCACCGUGGACAGUCCACUUGCAGCGAGCUUGACAAAUACAUCAACGGGUUCGUCAGAGGCCAUUUGAGAGGAGGAGAUGACCCUAUCACUAAUUUGGAACAAGUUCAGUGCUGCAGUGCUUCACAGCCGUGGCCGAAUGUAGAGCGACAAGUCGUUUACGCCGACUGGACAUACCAGUUAGAUGACAAUUUCCGAUGGGCCUUUUGUCCUGUAGGAUACUUUCUUCACGGUCUGUACCGGUCUAGCGCUAGCAGUCCAGGGUACCUUAAUACUAUUGAAAGUGCCAGAUGCGCUAAGCCAGCUAGCCAUCCGAUAACUUAUGGAAGCUGUCAAAACGUAGACACAUCGAGCUGCAUGAGUAGACAAGGCACAUGCUCAUGUCCACGUGGUUUCUUUGUGACAGGCAUCUACCGCGCUGACGACGACGAUCUGUACAACUUAAAGAAAAUGAAAUGUUGCGAGCCAGUGGACAAACCUGAUGAGAUAAACUCUCUAAGUAAAAUACAAACACGAAUUAUGGACACGACUCUGUGGAACUUGGCCAACAUGGCAUAUUAUCUAGGUUACGAGUGGAGCUACGGGUGCAGGGCGCUGAACGUUGGUGAAGAUUUUUACAAAGAUGGUUUUACGUGGGUGGCUGAAACCAAAAUUUUUCAUCACGGUUCCUGCGACGGAUAUAAUCGCUACAAUAGACUAAAAUUAGUAUUUGAUCAUUGGGGGCUAAGUGUAAAAGAAAUAAAAUAUGGACCAAAAGUCACAGAAAGUCUUCAACCAGAAAGUUUCGACUCUGGGAUUAUUCGUAAUACAGCUUCAUCGUCUAUUACUGAGUCCAUCGAAAGAACCCGUACCGUCCAAGACACAAUAACGCACAUUGCUACAACUUCUUUUACCACCAGUCAAGAAACAUCUUUCCAGAUUAGUUUUAAUGUCAACGCAGCCUUUGGAUCAGCCUCGUCUUCUACUACUUACACCACCAAAUAUGAGAACUCCUUUUCAACAACAAAUGAGAAGUCGAUCUCAAACACCAACUCUUUCAGCAAGCAGUCUUCAAUAACCCUUGGACCCAUGCAAGCUGCCAAAUACAACGUGGUGCUCAACAAGAUCAGAACAACGGUGCCCUACACAGCUGUGGUCAUCACUAAGUUUUCCACAGAAUUUAAAGGCUUCCUACGGUGGAGCAAUGGUGACGGGAACUUUCACAGCAAGUUUACUUACAGCCACGACAGACCGGCCUUCAAUUACCGCUUUGGCACCGAAACAACCCCGUUCUACAGUGCUCUUAAAAGACAAAGCGAUAGUCUCUCUGAGCCUUGGUUGUGGAAUUUAAUGCUCCAAAAGUAUCCAGACGCGAGACGUAUCAUUAACAGACUUACGGAUGAAACUCAGUACGAAUUUGCUUUGAAUGGAAGAUUGGAAUUUGUUGAAGGAACAGAUGCCAGCGUUGUCUGGGAAAACGUGAACAUAACCAAACGUGCUGUCCUGGUCAAUGAUGAUACAACUAAAAGUACACAUCCAUACGUUGCUAAAUCUGGUCCGCUCGAUAAGCCAGCAGAGGUUCAGUAUCCGGAAGUUCAAAUAAGUAAUAAAGAGCCUGUCGCUGUAAGCGUUAUACCUGUCAACUAGUCUCGUAUGUUCCAAUACACAGGCUUUAAAGUCAUAAAUGGACACAAAAGUUAGCAUGCUAGUGUAAUGAAAUAGAUUAUUAGUUUUAAUUUUAUCAUAAUAUUUUAUUUUCCUGUAUAUGUCUUUAAGAAAUAAAGAAAUGCUAUUCAUUAUAUAAGAACACAUAGUUUAUCAUAAGUAAUUUAUAUACAUUUAUUAGUUGAAUUUCUAUUAAAGAUUAUUUCGAAAUAAUAUAGUUCGUCCAUCGAGGUUUGAUGAUGACCACUUUGUAAUCCAGGGGGCUGAGGGUUCUACACUGGGGUUUUGUGCCUCCUGCUGGUGAGACCUAUGUGAGCCCGGAAUGUUCGGCAGGUUAUUCCAGCUGGAGAUAGUGCUGUGGGCCUUGCUUUUCUUCUCUGGCGUUUUUUACUCUGCCAGCGUGGUUCUCUUUUCCUCAGCAACCUGUGCGCCAGUUUUCACAGCGCGACGCCAUGAUGCUCUUUCAUGUGCCUCUGUCUCCCAAUUGGAUGGGUCUAUUCUGAACGCCUUUAGAGAAGCUUUGAGAGUGUCCACAUUGUAAGCGCUUUCCUUCGCUUAGUUGGCCAAACAAGAGUCGUUUAGGGAUGCGAUGGUCUUCCAUUCUACAGACAUGUCCUGCCCAUCGCAGCUUGGAUUGCAUCAGGAUUGUAUGGAUGAUUUGCAGACCCGCUCUUCGAAGGACUUUCGUAUCUGAUAUUUUGUCUUGCCAUUUGACAUUAACUAUUUUUCUUAGAUAUAUCACGUGGAAGUGAUUCAGUUUCUUUGCAUAUUUUCUGUACACUGUCCACUUUUCUGAGGCAUAGAGUAAUGUAGGGAGGAUGACGGCUCGAUAGAUCGAAAUAAUAAUAAUCAAAUAACGAGGAAGAGCAAGCAAAAAAAAAAAAGAUUUAUCUAAGUAGAAGAACUCCGCACAUAUAAAUCUUAAUAAUGUAAUUUUUAAAUUUUUAAUUGAUUUAUGUUUUGUUAUGUACAAUAAUUGUUUCAAGUUUCAACUUGAUCCGAGAAUGAGUGUGGGAGAAAUAGUUAAUGUGCGCUAUUAUCGAGGGGACCAAACCCGACAUAUUUAGCCAUAUCUGUAUACACUGAAGUAUUAAUUUUCCAUGUUGGUAUCAAAAAGAUAAUUAAUAACCAGUAAGAAUAUGACUGACUAAUUGGUAAACCUUUUUUUCAUUGUUUCAUCUCUUGUCUAUGCCAAUGAAGAAUUAUGCAAAGUUUCAACUAGAUCCGAGACUGGGUGUGGGAGAAAUAAGGUGUACAAACUUUUUAUCAGACAGACAGAGUGAGUUGAUAUUAGCUUUGUAAAAAUCAAUUAAAAGUUUAAGGCGCAAAGGAAAGGCGCCGUUUUCAGAUCUUGCAAUUGUUGGGGCAGCUGAUUUAAAGUUAAUCUGUUUCAGUGGACGACGGUAACUAGAGUGUCAUAUGACCAUCACAACGACCAUUUGCUUUAGAAGAUUUUGUGGGAAGAAUCGACCACGUUUAGAACAUAUGUAAAGUUAAUUUACUAGAGUAUAUGUAUAGGUCUGUCUUUCCAUUAAUGCAGUUCAGAUUGCAAAAACUAGAAAAUAUAUUUAAAAUCCGAUAUCAUCAUAUUUUAUAACUUUCAAUGUGGUGCAGUGGCUACUUUUGUUCUUUUCUGAAAGUGAUAAGUUUUUUUUUUAAUUUCAUAUGCAAGCCGUUUUUCAUAAAAAUACACCACUUUUACAACAAUUCACUAUUAAU